AUGGCGUAUUCAUCGUCGCAUCCUACUUCCGCAGUUUUGGCCAGCACAUCAACAUCAUCGUCAAUUCGUCAACAGAGCAAUCAUAAUGCCAUCUCACACCAGCAGUCUUUAGCUCUAUCGUCUCGCAUUGUCUCCAAGAAAGCCGAGCUCGAGAAUUUAAUGCGGCUGCGUGAUCUAAGUGGCGUCAUGGCGAUGCAAAUGCAAGUCUUAGAGACGAAGAUAGGUACAUUAAAAGAUGGUACAGAAGCUGCGGCCUGCGUACUUGCAAAUUGGGACAACGUUAUACGGGCUAUCAGUAUGGCUUCAACAAAAGCUGCAGUUUCCAUAAGCACAAAAGAUCAAACCUCAAACGUUGAGACUGACCAUAACUUAAUGGUUGAGCGCCGUCUGCCGGCAACCCUUGUGCGAAUUCCUGUGGAAGAACGAGAAAGGCCGCAGGACUGA